GUUUGAGACCACGGCACUAUUGAAUCACUAUUGCACAUUACUUUUUUUGUCCGGAAGCAGCAGGUUAUUUAAUGUUUUUUUUUUUCAUUUGUGAUAUUCGAGUGGCCGGAUCGGCUCAGAAAUUUUGUAGGAGCAUUGUUGCUCCGGGCGUCCAACUCUGAGUGAUGGGAAAGCCUCGUUGCCUGGUCAUCGGCUCACAAUUUAGUGGCACUUUCUGUGCUCGUGAGCUGAAAACGAAGUUCUAUGUCACAGUGGUUGACGCCAAAGAGUACUUUGAGUACACGCCUGGUGUUCUGAGAGCGUUUGUGAAGCCGGCUCACCUUGACUCCCUGACUUUCACGUUGCAGCCAGUCUUGGAGCGGAAGAUGGGCGUGAAGUACAUUUGGGGUGAAGUCAAAGAGCUAAACGGAGAAAAGAAGUUUGCCACUAUCAAGCCGAUUUUCAUCAACCACCUUGAGGAGAUUGGCUUUGACUACUGCAUCAUUUGCUCAGGAUGCAACUUUGGCCCGUUUAAGCCCAUGGGCGAAUCUUUGUGGUUUCCCACGGUCCAUGAAGAUGGUCGUGCUGUGAGCGACUGGAAGCAUAUUGACGAGCGGUUCAUUGAGGGCCGUCGGCGUCAUGUCCUGGAGGAGUAUCACAAGUUGUCGGAUCUUAACACCAAGAAGUCCACUGUUUUGGUGGUCGGUGCAGGCUUUAUUGGGGUGGAGUGGGCCACGGAGCUGGAGCAUUAUUUCCCGGAUUUGAAAUUGACCAUCAUUGACUUCCUCCCUCGAUGUUUAGGCCCCUUGCCUGACAGUGCAGCACAAUACUGCUCCGAGUAUAUGACUGCCUGUGGCAUCAAAGAAUUUUACAAUUGCAAAUAUGAUCCGAAGAGCUCCGACUUUUGGAAGACCAUAGAGCUGCCAAACGGUGCGGAUGAGACUUAUGUUUGCAUUGGAGUGAAGGCAUCGAACUAUUUCAUGCCAAAAUGCACUUUGUCUGACAAAGGCCCAGGUGGCGGUGGUUGGAUCCACUUCAACAAGCACUUGCAAGUCACCAAGAAGCCAUCCGAAGGCGGAGGUGUUUGGGCUGACGGCACUAUUUUUGCCGUGGGGGACUGCAACUACGGAUGUAUUGGGGAGCCUCCGAACUGGGAGAUGCCGCCUGUGCCAAAGAUCUCAUAUCCGGGUGAAGAGCAAGCCUACCAUGCAUGCUUGAAUGUCAUGAAGCUCGCUGCAAACCAGAAGAAUCUCGUCGCAACCUGGUGGCCUUGGGGUGCAGGCAUGUUCUCUACAAGCUUGGGACCACAUGAUGCAUGCUUUGUCAUGGGAGCCAACCACAAUAAGAAUUCUGGCUACAUGGUGAAUUGGUGGGUCCCUGCCGCCUUGCAGAAGGAGAUAAUUGAGACCUCAAAGGUCAACGAAUGUAAAGAUGGAUGGAUCGGCAUCCUGAUUUGGCAUUUUGUGCACCACACACCCAUCAACCUAUGGGGGCGUGGUCCUUGGUUUGUGUAAUUCAAAGAACAUAGCAGUACAGGCAGUACAUAGAAAUACCCUGACCUUCCAAGCAGUUUUCCAAGACCCGCUAGCUUCGACUCCGAGCCGCGAAUCGGGAAGUAGUCUGAGUGAUG